AUGUGGCAGCAUCGCCCACAGCUCGGUGGUUUUACCAUGAGCCCUUGAAAUUUCUGGAUCGGCCAAGGUGCAGCCAGCAUGAAAAUGGAGCAGCAGGAGUCAGCGGGCUGUGUGCAAGGGGAAGGGGCCCAGGGAUGUGGGAAAGACCCCCAGGCCGGAAGUCUCGGAGACGUCCUUCAGAGAAUACCAGAAGGAACUCUGGUGAAACAGGAACCCUGCGAGGGCCUCCUUCAGCACUGGGAAGCCCAGUGGCAGGAGUUCCUGAAGACUGUGGAGUGCCCUCAGCCACACUGGGCAACCCCACCAUUACCAGAAGAGCCCAAACCAUGGGGCGACCCUAAGUCUUUCCUAGCCACCUUUGAGCAAGUGGCCAAGGCCUGCCAGUGGCCCAGGACAGAGUGGGCAGUCCGGCUCCUGCCCGCCCUCACCGGAGGAGCCAAGCAGGCCUUUAGCAGCCUGGAGGCCAGAGACAGAGAGGAUUAUGGGAAGGUGAAGGUGGCCAUCUUGCGGUGGGACGGCCUGAGGCGGGAGAAGCAGCGCCAGCACUUCAGAAGCUUUUGCUACCAGGAGGCCGAAGGCCCCAGAGGGGCUUAUAGGAGACUCCGGGAACUUUGCCAGGGGUGGCUGAAAAUCGAGAGACACACCAAAGAGCAGAUCUUGGAGGUGCUGGUCCUGGAGCAGUUCCUGACCGUCCUUCCGGCGGACAUCCAGAGCUGGGUCAGGCAAUGGGGCCCAGAGACGUGUGCCCAGGCGGUGGCUCUGGCUGAGGAUUUCCUGCAGAGCGAUGCUGAAAGGGUGGAGAAACAGGUGCUAACGCUGCUUGCUGAGGCGGCUGUCAGUUUCUCUGGGGCGAGCCAGGCUCCCACUGACACCGGGCAGAGGCAGCUCUGUGUGGAAACUAAAGAGGAGGACGACAAUGGGGAGACCGGUCUGCUAGCUGCUAAAGUGUGCUUGAAUGUUUGCGAGGAGGAGAAAUACAUGCCGGAUGGUUUGGAGCACACAGGGCUCCCUAUGGGGGGAGCAGAAGAGAGUGUCUCCCAGUGGGAUUGCAGCCCCAUGAGAACAUGCGAAGGGCAACGCAAACAACGGGAAAGCUUGGAGCCGGCGGAGUGGUACGGGAUGACCCCCGGAAGCUCCAGGGACAUCCCUUCCCUCCUGAGACGGAAAAGAGCUCAAAUUCACAAGACGCCCUAUCAGUGCGGCGAGUGCGGAAAGAUCCUCACCCGUAAAGACAACCUCAUGAGGCACCAGCAGAUGCACGCAGGGAAGAAGAAGCCGCACCAGUGCGCUUCCUGCCUCAAAACCUUCAGGGACAAGUCGCACCUGAUCCGGCACGAAAGAAUCCACACGGGGGAGAAGCCGUUCAGUUGCGCCGUCUGCGGGAAGAGCUUCAGUUGCAACUCGUACCUCAUUGUCCACGAGAGAAUCCACACGGGGGAGAAGCCGUACGCCUGCUCGGUCUGUGGAAAGAGCUUCAGCUGUAAUUCGUACCUUCUCCGGCACAGGAGGAUGCACACGGGGGACAGGCCCUACAAAUGCCCCGUGUGCGGGAAGAGGUUCACUUGCAGCUCAAACCUGAUCUUGCACAAACGAACCCACACCGGGGAGAGGCCCUACAAAUGCUCCUCCUGCUCGAAAACCUUCCGUCAGAGGUCGCACCUUAUUUUCCACGAGCGGAUCCACACCAAGGAGAAGCCGUUCAAGUGCUCGGUCUGCGGGAAGAGCUUCGGGCGCAACGCGCAGCUGAUCCAGCACAAGAGGAGCCACACGGGAGAGAAGCUCUACAAGUGCUCCGUCUGUGGGAAGAGGUUCAGCUGCAUGUCAUACCUGAUCCAGCACUCCAGGAUCCACCAGCGGGACAAGCCGUACCGGUGCUCGGAGUGCGGGAAGAGCUUCCGGCGGAGCGCGGAGCUCUCUUCGCACCAGAGGAUCCACACGGGCGAGAAGCCAUACCGAUGCUUCGAGUGCGGGAAGGCCUUCAGCUGGAGCGCCGGCCUUACCUCACAUCAAAGAACCCACACAGGGGAGAAACCUUACAAAUGCCUCGACUGCGGGAAAAGCUUCGGUCGUAAGCAGCUCCUCCUCGUGCACAGGAAUCACCACUUGGAGGAGAACAUGUGCGUUGCCGCUGGCUUCAAAAUGGAAGAACCGCUGGUAGGCCUCAAACUGGUGGAAGGGCCGGAGGGAGAAGGAAAAAGCCCUCACGUUGUUCAGACUGGGAGUAUCGGAAAAUUCCCCAAAAGGACAUUGGCGCAGCAGCAAAAGGUUAAGCAAGAGCCAGGCGAAGGGAUCCUUCAGUGUUGGGAAGCUCAGUGGCAGCAGUUCCUGAAGGAGGUGGAGUCGCCUCACUCGGGAUGGGGGAUUACCCAGGUGCCGGAGGAACCCACACCCUGGGACGACGCCAAGGCCUUCCUGGCCUCCUUCGAGCAAGUGGCCAAGGCUUGCCGGUGGCCCGGGGAAGAGUGGGCGGCCCGACUCAAGCCGGCCCUCAGCGGACAAGCUGAAUGGGCCUUUAGUGGCCUGGAGGCUGGAGACAGAGAGGAUUAUGGGAAGGUGAAGGCGGCCAUUUUACGAGGGGACACCAUCAGCAGGGAGAAGCAGCGCCAGCACUUCCGGCGUUUCUGCUACCAGGAGGCCGACGGUCCCAGAGGGGCCUACAGCCGGCUCCAGGAACUUUGCCGUCGGUGGCUGAAGGUGGAGAGGCACUCCAAGGAGCAGAUUUUGGAGCUCCUGAUCCUGGAGCAGUUCCUGACCAUCCUGCCAUCAGAGGUCCAGAGCUGGGUCAGGGAAUGUGGCCCAGAUAGCUGCUCCCAAGCGGUGGCCCUGGCUGAGGAUUUCUUGCAGAGGCAGCAGGAAACGGAGAGGUGGGAACAACAGGAGCUAAUGCCAUUUGAGGAGGUGGCCGUUGGGUUCUCAGGAGUGGAGCACGCUUCCCUGCAUCCGGUCCGGAGCCAACUGCACAGAGAAGCCAAGAAGGAGAGCAACUGCAACGUCACUUUGCUAGAUUAUAGGCAGGUGAAUGAUCACCACGAGAGAAGUGCUCUGCGAGAAACACCAGAGCAAGCGGAACCAUGCCGGACGUCCCAUAGAAGACCCAUUGAGAGCAACUCCCAGGGCCCUGAGCUGGGAAAAGCGACUCUGAAUCAGCACAGGUCAAAGAGCCAUCAAGGAAACCACGUGGCCGACAGAACGCCGGUCCCCGUUCCUUCCGUAGCAAACAGGGCGGUCCUCGGCAAAACGCCAACGGUCCAGAUGCAGAAGACGAGCAACGGGCCCGGAGAGGCCUUCCAACGGGAUUUGCGGGAAAACGCCCCCGUUCAGGAGAGACCUUAUCACAAGUGUGCGAUCUGUGGGAAAACCUUCGGCCAGAGUUCGCACCUGGUCUUCCACCAGAGGACCCACGACGUGGAGAAGCCGUACAAGUGCACGCAGUGCGGGAGCAGUUUCCACUCGCGCCAGGGCCUUAUCUACCACCAGCGGAGCCACGCCGGGGAGAAGCCGUACAAGUGCUCGUUCUGCGGGAAGACCUUCAGCCAGAGCUCGCACCUCCUGGUGCACAAGCGGAGCCACACGGGCGAGAAGCCCUUCGAGUGCCCGGCCUGCGGGAAGUGCUUCAGCCGCAAUUCGCUCCUCACCAUCCACGAGAGGACCCACACGGGAGAGAAGCCCUACAAGUGCUUGCAGUGCGGCAGCCGCUUCCAUUCGGGCUCCGGUCUCAUUAAUCACAAGAGAAUCCACGCUGGCGUGAAGCCGUACAAAUGCACCGAGUGCGGGAAGGAUUUCAUCCGGAAAGCGCACCUCACGCGGCAUCAGAGCGUCCACAGCGAAGACAAGCUGGAUUGCGAAGGAGGAAGUGGGACCCCUGAAGCAAUGCAUUCUGGGAGUGCUGAGGGCUCAUUCCGACGGGCAGCUCCAUAUCAGGUGAAGGAGGAGCCGGAAGAAGGUCUGGACCAGCGCUGGGAAGUCCAGUGGCAGGAGUUCCUAAGGACAGUGGAGUCUCCUCGCUCGGAAUGGGGAACCCAGCAGUUGUCAGAGGAGCCCACGCUGUGGGACAAUGCUCAGGCCUUCCUGGGCUCCUUUGAGCAAGUGGCGAAAGCCUGCCGGUGGCCCAAGAAAGAGUGGGCGGCCCGGCUCCUGCCAGCCCUCAGCGGAGAAGCCAAACAAGCCUAUAACAGGCUGGAAGCCAGAGACAGGGAGGAUUAUGGGGCGGUGAAGGCGGCCAUCUUGCGAGGAGCCGCCCUGAGCCGGGAGAAGCUGCGUCAACACUUCAGGCGUUUCUGCUACCAGGAGGCCGAGGGGCCCAGAGGGGCUUGUAGCCGGCUCCGGGAACUUUGCCGUGGGUGGCUAAGAAUAGAGAAAGACACCAAGGAGCAGAUCUUGGAGUUGCUCAUUCUGGAACAGUUCCUGACUGUCCUCCCGUCGGAGAUCCAGAACUGGGUCAGGGCAUGUGGUCCAGAGACCUGCUCCCAAGCGGUGGCCCUGGCUGAGGAUUUCCUGCUAAAACAGCGGGAAGCCCAGAGUCAGGAAAAGCAGGUGGCAUUUAAGGAGGCGGCUCCGGGUUCCUCUGAGACAGGCCAGGAUCCUGUGGACAGGCAGCUGAGCAGGGGAACCAAGCAAGAAGACGAUGGCGGCGAUAUCCAUGUUUUGGCAGACAAAGAGUGGAGGACCGCAGACGAGGGGGACGAAUUUCCACCAGGAGAUUCCGGCCUGGUGGGACCACACGGGGCAUCAACGUGGAAAGUAGAAGAGCCCCUUUCCCCGUGCAGGGAGCAGGGGAAUGCCGCAGUGAGUCAGGAAAGAGCAGAGGUCCAGCUAGGAAGCCGCUCAGAGGAGGUCGUAGAAGAAUCUCUUCCUUCUGGGGGAGGUUGCAAGGCUUCCGGUGAAACCACGCUCCAGACCGGAAUGGACACUGCUGGUGAUGCGCAGGCGAGCGAGAAUGAGGGGGGAGCACAUAGGAUCUCAUCAGAAAGAAGCAAGCUGGGGGCAUCGAAAGACAAUUUUGAGCAGCUGGAUGGCCCAAAGAAACAGGAGAGAAGCUAUGCAGAAAAGAAAAGGGAGAAGAAAUCCAUUCCUUGUCACGGCGGGAGCUUCCGUGAAAUCGCAGUCCAACAAACCGAACAGGGAAGGACUGAGUUUCUUGAUGCCCACUGGAGCAUCUACACAGACCUUACAGAAUGUGGAAUGCUCCAGGCAGGCGAGAAGCCCUAUAAAUGCUUGGAGUGUGGAAAGAGCUUCAAUCGCAGCACAACGCUCACAUCGCAUCAGAGAAUCCACACUGGGGAGAAACCAUACCAGUGUUUGGAGUGUGGCAGCAGUUUCAACCAGAGUGCAAACUUUCUUCGACAUCAAAGAAUGCACACGGGGGAGAAAGCGUACAGCUGCUCCUACUGCGGCAAGAGCUUCUGCGAUAAAUCCAGCUUCAUUCAACACCAGAGAAUACACACAGGGGAGAAACCGUACAAAUGCCUGGAAUGCGGAAAGAGCUUCAACAAAAGCACCAACUUCAUAAGGCAUCAAAGGCUGCACACGGGGGACAAAGCCUACUGUUGCUCACACUGCGGCAAAAGCCUGUGCGAUAAAUCAAGCCUUAUUCAACAUCUAAGAAUUCACACCGGGGAGAAACCAUACGAAUGCUUAGUGUGUGGGAAGAGCUUCAACAAGAGCACAAAUUUUCUUAGGCAUCAAAGGAUACACACCGGUGAGAAACCUCAUAGCUGUUCAGACUGUGGCAAGUGCUUCUAUGAUAAACCCAGCCUCAUUCAGCACCGGAGAGUCCACACAGGAGAGAAACCCUUUAAAUGCUUGGAGUGCGGAAAGAGCUUCAGUCACAGGGGAAGCCUUAGUGCACACAUAAGAAUCCACACAGGGGAGAGACCAUAUAAAUGUCCAGAUUGUAACAAGAGCUUCCGGGCUCAGUCGAGCCUUCUUAAACAUAAGAGGAUCCACACAGGCGAGAAACCCUACAAAUGUAUGGAGUGCGGGAAGACCUUUGGUCAAAGUGCACACCUCACUUCUCACCAGAGAAUGCACCUCGGGAAGGGGCUGUACAAAUGUUCAGACUGUAGCAAGACCUUUUGCGACACGUCGGGCCUUGUUAAGUAUGAGAGACGGCACCCAGAAGAAACCGUAUGA